UAUCUAUACCCCCAAAUAACCCCGCGAAGGGCAAAGUAGGGGGGAGGGGGGCUGAGGCUCCCGGGUUACAUGAGCAGCGCGCAUGCGUGCCUAUGUAUUGGCACCAAAAAACAAGAGUCAGACAAGUUCGCGUCAUUUCUGAAUGCCGUGUCUAGCACUCAAGCUCGCACAGGAGUAAAGGAAUACAGCAAAGCUGGUGGGUUGCGUGACGAAACAUUUUAUACAGGUACGCUCUGUCGACAAGUGCCGCUCACGAACAGACUAGUUCCAGUUGACAAGAUAGAGAAGAUGAGGCCGACAAGGACAUCCUCUCAAAUCCUCCCCCGUAUAGACGACUGUGAGUGCACCCCGAGUAUUCAGCACCUCUUCCGACGCCACUAUCUCCUGCAGAGCCCCAUGUACUACAUAAGGUGGCUAUACGCUGUCAUCUAUUCUCUCUACCUUCUGUUCGUCUUGCGAUCGCGAGAUCCUACAGAUACGGACAUUGUUGGCUACAUAGAGAAUACGACCAUGGCUAUACUGGUUCGCCCUGCAACAGACGGCAAGUUGGGUGAAUAUGAAGUAACAUUUUGUGAUUGCAAGCUGCGUACUUCCGGAGGAUACAAGCUGAAGAACAUGUUACUGAGGUACAAGACAGGAAAGAAUGGCGUCCAUAUUUUGCGCUUCAUUCGUAACGGAGUAGAAGUCACCGACAGAUCUCAAAUCUUUUCAACCAUCUACUUCUACCAUAUUCACUCCAUGCACACCAAGUCACAUCUGUUCUCCAAUAGCUUGGUCCGAAACAUCGUGAAUAACGACGUAAAGACUCUCCAAGAGUCGAGCUACACCUCCAUUCCGUUACAUUACCAGCUCCUCCAUUCGUCGCUGAGUGUGCUGGAGUGGGACGGGAACAUGUCCCGAUAUCUCGGCUACGGAGACGCCUGUAUCCGAGAGAGUAUAGUGGAGGAGAGCAGGAACAUGAGUGCGCUGGAAGGGCAUCAAGCCGUGCAUCGCUGGAACUCACACGGGAAGGACAGCUUUGCCGGCAAACUAUUCAGAUCGAGACUGGCACUACAGGACGUCAUGGAGCGCCACGGGAUCGACCCAAAGAUGCUGGACGCUCUGUUUAACCACACCAUUGUGCACAGUGUGGACCAUCAUGGCAUCAGUGAGCGGUCGUUUCUAAGGUUCUCUCUCCACCCGUGCACGUGGGACAAAGACUGCAGCACCUACCGGGCCUUCAACACCAGCGUGUUCCGUGUGCUGAUCACCCAGCCCAACCUGAACCCGCUCGCACCCAACACCCUCCGCUUCAUCAACAAGCCGUUCUACCAGGACCUGUACCGGGAACUGAAGAACAUCGACCCGCAAAUGGCGGAGGUUUCUAAGGUGUGCGCUUCUACUUCUUCUGAUAUCUGCACUUGUUUUGGAGUCGGGUGCAUGGUGGCGUCGUCGUCGGCGUCGUCGUAG